AUGGCAGCACCAAAUGGCACACCCAGUAACUCGCUCGUCGAUAUCGAGAAGCCCCCCAGCUCAAUUUUCCUGAAUAACGAGUUUGUGCAAGGGCAAGGAGAUGUGCUGCCCCUGUUCAACCCCAAAGAUGGAAAGAAGAUACCUGUCGAGGUACGUGCCGCCACAGAAGAGGACGUCGACAAAGCCGUCCGUAAUGCCCGCGAAGCAUUCGAGACAGGACCCUGGUCGAAAUGGACCGGGGAGCAGAGAAUGAAAGCUCUGACGAAGCUGGCGGACCUGGUGGACGAGAAUGGACCGGCCAUUGCGUACUUGGAGAGCCUCUGCUCAGGUAGACCGCUCAGUAUGCUCCUAGGAGAAAUCCCGAGGGUCAGCAGCACAUUCAGAUACUAUGCCGGCUGGGCAGACAAGCUCAAGGGGGACUCAUAUCCGGCCGAGGACGGUUUCUACAAAAUCGUGCGAAAAGAGCCCUUGGGGGUGUGCUGUGGGAUCACGGCAUGGAACGCCUCGCUGAUGUUUUGCUCAUGGAAGAGCGGGCCUGCGCUUGCGACCGGCAACACCGUCAUCAUGAAGCCGUCGGAGAAAUCAUUCCUGGGGACUCUCGCCAUCGCCAGCCUGGUCCAGGCCGCUGGGUUCCCUCCCGGUGUCUUCCAAGUCCUGGUGGGUGACGGGAAAGUGGGAUCCUUACUGUCCAGCCAUAUGGAUAUCGACAAAAUAUCCUUCACCGGCUCCACCGCGACGGGCAAGAGGAUCCAAGACGCCGCCACCAAGAGUAAUCUGAAGAGAGUGACCUUGGAGCUCGGCGGCAAGAGUCCAGCCCUCGUGUUCGACGACGCCGAUCUUGACAAGGCGCUUUUCUGGGUCACCCUGGGCAUCACCGUGAACACAGGUCAGGUGUGUGCCGCGACCUCCCGCCUCUUCGUGCAGAAGUCCAUUGCCGAUGCCUUCUUGGAAAAGGUCAAGGCUAGCCUGGGAGCCAUGUCUCAGGCCUUGGGCGGCGAUCCGCAGGAUACAGCCACCCACUACGGCCCGGUGGUUGAUGCACAGCAGUUCCAGAAAGUGACCGACUUUAUCAACGAAGGGAAGAAGCGAACGAAAGUCCUGACUGGGGGCCAAGAAUAUCAGAAAGAAGGCUAUUACAUUGCUCCCACGGUCUUUUUGGACCCUGAACCAGAUGAGAAGAUCUGGAGGGAAGAGAUUUUUGGCCCGGUCUUGUGUGUCAAGACGUUUGAGACCGAAGAGGAGGCCAUCCAAUUGGCGAACGACACCCAGUACGGACUGAGCAGUGCCAUCUUCACGAGUGACAUAGCUCGCGCGCUGAGGCUGGCCAGCAGCGUGCGCACAGGUACUGUCAAUGUCAACUGCAAUCUCAUGGUCGGCAACCAGGCCCCGAUGGGCGGGUUUCGAUCGAGUGGUGUUGGUCGUGAGCUGGGAGAAUAUGGCUUGGCGCAAUACACCGAAACCAAGACGAUUUGGAUCAGGUAA